AUGAGUGUAACCCGCCUCGUGAUCCACAAUGACAAACCAACAAUCAACUCUUCAUCAGUGAUCACAGAGGAACCUAUAGUAUACCAUCAAACAACUCAAUCAGAGUCGCUCAAGUUCCAAACUGGCCACCCUCUUCUCACUCUGUACCCCAUCAACAUAGCUUCAACUCCUGCCGUUUUAGACACGGUGGAUAUCCCUUCUGGGAAAGUUUCGCUUGCACUGCGGACCCGCCACGAAAUAGCGAGGAGGGCGAGAAUUGAGGAGACAAAGAAAGUUGAUCCAGGCACCAGUACUACUUCAGACGACCCUGCCAAACCAGCACCUGUCCAGCAGUCCACCGAGCCUCCGCGGAAGAAAGUUUCGGUGCCCAAACAAGCUGCAAACGCCCUAAACCCAGCACCCUCCGCAAAGCCAGCUACUUUUGCCGACAAUGCGCCCACCAACCCACCCACAAAGCCUACUACUCCAGUUAACGCUACAACAAAUCCACCCCCGAAGGCACCGGCUGUCGAUCCAAAUCCUCUACCCGCCAAUUCUCGAACUACUCUCAAUCCGAACCCUUCUGCCCCUCCAAAUAAUGUUGCUAUUGGAAAGACCAGCCUUCCGCCUUCCCCAGCAGUGGCACCUCUAACCCCCAUACCGGAGAUAAGUCGAGAGGGGGCCGCCAGAGACAAACCAGCUCCAUCAGGCGCUUCGGCUGGAGUCAAACCCCCAAUUGACAAUGUUCCUCCCCCAUCAUCCGUUACUCCGCUUGUAUCCCCGCCAGCUGCGAAUAUCACAUCCCAACGAGAGCUUACACCGAACAAUCACACGGAGAGUGCAAAGAUAGAGCCCGUGCCAGUCCCAGAUGCUCACUCGAAGAGUACCAGCCACCUUACUUCAAUAGCCAUAGGAGUUGCGUGCGCAGCAUCCCUCGUAAUAUUCGCCAUGCUGGUUGUGAUUUUCAAGAUCAGAGUGUCCAAGAAGAGGGCACGCCGGCAGGACAAACUCGGGGACGAUUUCUUCGGCUCCCAUGACCGCCUAAGUUUUUCUGACAGUGCCGAUAGUCGCAAGUCCCUGUUUCUCGUCCCACGUCCGAUAGGCAACAAAUUCCCACUGAAUACGGACUCCAGGCAAGAAAAAGCCACAAACCACGCAGGUAUCGGUGCUCACUCCCCACCGCAGUCUUUCGCCGAUGCAACAAGAAACCAUACUCCGAUUCCUCUGACGUUGCAAUCUCACUCCAACUACGCACCUCCCCGACCGCCACGGUCCCCGCUACGAGCGCAAGCUAUCCAAAAGCCGGGGGCUUUCUACCAUCCUCGAAGUAAUGCUGGUUCAGAGCAUUACACUCCCGAUACCCAGUCAGUCUACUCGACAAAUACCGGACGAGGGAAUGCUAAACCGCCCGAGUUUUAUGGCCAGCCGACUCACGAAUAUAAUUACGCAAUGGAAUACCUUGAGAAUUAUUAUCCGGAUAGCUAUGAGAGUUCGGCUUACCAUUCGAACGCGGAUCCACUCGCUAGUGGGCCUGGCGGUCAUCCAAGAAAUGGACCAGCCGAGACGAUUGGAAUGGACUUCUUGCAAGUCGAUGAUCGGCCCUACGAUCAUCGGUACACCGUCGAUCGGAACGGAAUCUUGAAUAAUUAUACCCCUUCACUCCCACCGGUCCCUGUUCCCCGAGAAAGUGAUUACUUUUACAAGAAAAGAGUCACUUGA